CCAGUAUAAAUUUUUAUAUUUGUGUAUUCAGGUGAUGUCCGAGGAAGAGGUCUGUUGUUUGGAGUGGAAGUGGUUUGGAAUAAACAGAGCAAGAAGCCUGCAAAAGAAAUUGCAGAACAAAUUGUGAAUAGAAUGAAGCAAGAAAAUAUCAUACUUGCUAAUGAAGGAGAUCACAGAAAUGUCCUGAUGAUCAUGCCUCCCAUGUGUUUUACCCAAGAGAAUGCAGUUCUUUUAAUUGAGAAACUGGAUAAAGUGUUUACAGAGUCAUACAGUCAGAGACCUGCCAGAGACCUUGUGAUAAGUGUAUCAUCUCUGAACCAGAACGUGCAAGCCAUCCCAAGUGUGAGUGAUGGGCGCCUGGGCAUCAUCCAGCCACAAGAAGAGGAUGAUGAAUUAAUAGCUGCCUCAAGAGAUACCAUGGACCUUGAAUAUGCUCAGCAUUGCUAUCAUGACCUUGACUGAAUUCAAUUUUCUCCUGGAUUUGAAUUUCUUUUUUGUCCAGACUUUUAUGUAGGGAUAUUCAAUAUAUACUUUUUUUCAAGAAAAUAGAUUCACUGCCCAUCUUUAUCCAUUUUUUUUGUUGUCUUUUUUAUUUUAAUCUUUAUUUAGUACAUACCAAAAAAAUCUCAUGAUAAAUAAAUUUGUUGUACAUGGAAAAGUCUUGAAUGAAAGCAUUGUAAGUUGCUAUUUGUAAUACUGAUCAUAAGUGCCUAUGUAAGGGAUUAUAAAUGAAAAUGGUUAUUAAAUGAUGGUUACUAGAUCGUUUUAUACAAAAAAAAUCUAUACAAUUAUUAUAAUAUAUUUACAAAACUCAGAGCUUCAGUGUUUUAUUAAACUUUGUAGGUACAUAUUUGUAGAUGGCACACUGAUCAAUGGCUCAACUUUACUGAAUAUUUCUGUAACAAGUUUCUUUAUCCUCUUUUCCAACAAAUUAUUUUUUGGUGCAAAAAUAAACUAUUUGAGAUAUAUUGACCAUGAAAGGAAAUGUAUGGCAAAAAUAUCCCUUAUUUAACUUAAUUGAAAAUUUUUCUUCAUGUUUUUCUGUCAUCUUUCAGUCUAAAUGGCAUUUCUGUUAUACAAAUUUUGUUUUAGUAAAUAUAAGAUAGUCUCUUUCUAAUGCUACCUCCACUACCAUGAGAAUAUUGCAGAAGAGUGGCGGGGACUUUCUUACUGCAUGGCAGUUGUGUUUUCUCUGUAUGUACAAAGUGUUCUUGUCUUUUGGUUUGUCUGAUUGUACAUGUUAAUGGCAGGUUUGAAAUAAUGAUUCUCAUGUGUGACUGGGAUGUUUGCUGAACUGUGAUCAAAAACUGGCUUAAGUGCUGGUGACCUUUGAUAUAUUUUUUUACUUUGUUUUUAAUGCUGUUGGUCCCAUCAUUACCAAUGUAUAUAUGUUUUGCAGCAGUUUAAUCUGUUCCGUCUUGAUAUGUCAGUGGUCACAAGUAAUGAGGAGGAGCUAUUUAUAUCAUAAAUUGUAUUUAUUUAUUAGUUUGUUUGUGAAGGAAAGCUUAUAAAAGUGUAGGAUAUUUAUAAUAUUGAAUGGAAGCAUGAGAAGGGUUAGUGCCAAAUAAAAAGGAAAAGCGUAAUAGAAAACUGAAUUAAUUUUAUGCUGUGGGUAUACUAUGACAUAACUGUUACAUAUUACAUGGUGCUGUGCAGUACUUUGAUGUUUUAUUCAGUCAACGUCAACAAAUUGAUCUCAGUUCUUUCAUGAAUAGGUAAUUAAGAUUUAUUUUCAGCAUUUAAUCUAAGAUAAUACACAGUACUGACCCAAAAUCAUCUCUGAAGGUUGAUAUUGUUCUAUUCUGUUAGCAUUUACCCAUAGCAAUGUAUUAUCUUCAAAUAUCGUGAUGUCUUUUAUUGUUUUUCCUUUUGAAUGAUCUUCAUUGUCCAGUCUUAAUUUGUUAAUUAUACAUUAUGCAUUGGAUUUCACUCUCAUUCAUUGUCUUGUACAAGUUAGUAAAUUGCAAAUGAUUACAAUUUCUGGAGCACCAGAUAGUGUUUGCUGUUGUUGUUGUUGUUUUUUUUUUUUUUUUUUUUUUUUUUUUUUUUUUUUUUCUUUUCUUUUCUUUCCAUUAGUGGCAAAAUAUAUUGUGUUUGUAAAGGAGAAUCAAUACAUGUGUUUCUGCAUGAACAUCAAUGACUGUCUUUAAUUUUUUUUUUUACUUUUUGUAGUAGUGUGUUCAUGAUAUUGACAUGAACCAAUGUGUGAAUCCUUUAACUGCAUGCUUUAAUGAGAAGAAAGUGAAUGGAUGUUGAUAACAGAUAACUGGUUUACUGAAGAUGAGAGUUUUAUGGUCAACACAAAAUCUGACAAGAAAUUUGAUUGAAAUUGAAAGAGGAUUGAACUUUGUGGUAAAGCAUUAUUUCUUGUGACUAUUGACAUAUGCUACUUCUACUAAAACUAUUCAUAUGCAAGCCUAUUUAUUACUUCACUUUCAGUGUACUGAAAAUGUUUUAGAAGUCUUCAUACAAGUCAAGUUUGUAUUUAAUUUUAAAAAGUUGACCUUAAUGACAAAAACAAUAAUUACAACUAUAAAAUUUUCACUGUACUUUAAGGGAAAUGCAUAAUAUGAAGCUGACCUCACAUGACAAUGAAAAUUACAUGCAGAUUUUGUUUAUAGACAUGUAAAUUUUGAAACAAAAUUUUAUUUUAUAUACCUUAGAUGUGUGAAUAGGUAGUAGGAGUUCAUGAGCUAACUAAAAAAAAUCAAGGGGCUCCAGCAUAAAGUCUGUCAUUUCUUAUGUGAAAGGCUGCUAAUGAUAAGACUUUCAGUCAUUUAUGUAAUAAGAUACUUGGUACCAUGGGCCAUUCAGCUGCAGGAUGAAAUUGAAUAUAUUGUUAUAAAAUGAAACAGCCUUGUUGACUAUACACAUCUGAAAAACUCUGAAUCUAUGGAAACCUUAUUUCAAAUGAAAGGGUUUUUUAGUGGUAAUUUAAAAAGAAAGAGGACUCUAGUAGUGAUGUUAGUCUUCGAUAACAGUACUUAAAACAUCAUCAACUUGAACGAUUACUUGUUAUGGAAAAUUAAAAGAUAAAACACACAAAACAGAAUCUAUCAGUAGCUUUACAUUUUAUCAAGACUAGUAUUUUUUUACAUUUCAUAUACAUGAAAAAAUUAUGUAAUCUAAACAUUCAGAUUAUAAAGAGUACGAAGAUUUAACCAAAUAUUCUGGCUGUUUAAUGGUGAAAGUUCAUCAGAAUAAUUUAAGAAAUGCAUAAGCACCAUUAAUUGCAAAUAUUAUUAGUCAGUCGGUGAAAUGAAGAUUACUUGAUAGCUUGAUGAAGGGCAAUUUAAACAUUAUCUCUUGUGAACAUUAGGAAAUGAUUAUUAAACAGAUGUAAGCUCCUGUCAACAAAAUUUGAACUAAACCAACAUAAUGUGGUUAAGAAAUAAAAAAAAUAAAAAAUGUUAUACUGUUUAAUGUGUUUAUAAUAGGUGAAAUGAUGAAAAUGCUGUCAAUAAAUGUGAUAUUUAUAUUA